GUCCGGGACCCGCCCCGGCCCCGCUGACUCACGGCGGCCGCUCCGCCCGGCCCGGCCCGGCCCGGCCCCGCCGGGACAUGAGCGGCCCUCGGGGGCUCCGCGGGGCUGCCCGGGGGCUCCUGCCGCUCCUGCCGCCGCUGCUGCCGGUGCUCCUGCUGCUGCUCCCGCCGCCCCCGGCACAGAGCCUCAAAGGCAGUGCUGUGACUGUCCCAGAAACGCUGCUCUUCAUCUCCACACUGGAUGGGAACCUCCACGCCGUCAGCAAGAGCACAGGGGAGAUCAAGUGGACUCUGAAGGAUGAUCCCAUUCUGCAGGUGCCGGUGUAUGUGGCAGAGCCAGCAUUCCUUCCAGACCCCAAUGAUGGCAGCCUGUAUAUCCUGGGAGGAAAGAACAAAGAAGGCUUGAUGAAGCUGCCGUUCACCAUCCCAGAGCUGGUGCAGGCGUCGCCGUGCCGCAGCUCGGACGGGGUGCUCUACACCGGGAAGAAACAGGACACGUGGUUUGUUGUGGACCCCAAGUCAGGGGAGAAGCAGACCACCCUCUCCACAGAGGCUUGGGAUGGUCUGUGCCCAUCCAGCCCCUUGCUGUACAUCGGACGGACCCAGUACAUCAUCACCAUGUAUGACACCAAGUCACGGGAGCUGCGCUGGAAUGCCACCUUCUCUGAGUACUCGGCCCCGCUCUGCGAGGAGUCCUACCACUACAAAAUGGCACACUUGGCCUCCAGUGGGGACGGGCUGGUGGUGACCCUGGACAAGGAGAGCGGGGAGGUCCUGUGGGCGCAGAACUACGGCUCACCUGUGGUCGGCAUCUACCUGUGGCACCAGGACAGCCUGCGCCGCCUCCCCCACCUCAACCUGGCCAUGGAGACCCUGCGCUAUCUGACCUUCCAGUCACAGGACAUCCACGUGCUCAAGUGGAGCUACCAGUCCGUCAAGGACUUCGCUGCCACCAAGACACAGCUGCUGCCAGCGCUCUACGUGGGGAAGCACGCGGCCGGUUUCUACGCCGUGACGUCCCUGGUGCACGGCAGCGUGGCGCUGGUGCCCCAGGGCAUCACACUGGCCAGGAUCGACGGCCCCACCACGGACGACGUGACCAUGAGGGAGUCCGGGGAGUGUGAGAUCACGCCCAGCACCAACGUCAAGUACCCGCAGGGCAGCAUCACCUCACUUCACAACCAGUGGCUCCUCAUAGGGCACCAUGAGCUGCCUCCUGUGGUUCACACCACGAUGCUGCGAGCUUUCCCAGAGAACCUGAGGAAAACCACGGAAACCAUCAUCCCCAGGGCUCCUCCCACCAGGACCGUGUUUGACGAUUUCCUGGCCCCGAGCAGCCCGGAGGAGCCAGCUGUGCGCAGCGAGGGGCAGCUCCAGCCGGACCCCACGCAGGGGGAGCAGCUGGAGGUGUACCCCGAGCCUGGCACCUGGGACCUGGCCAUUGGCGUUGGCACAGCUCUGCUGGGCGGGGGAAUCCUGGUCCUGCUGCUCACAAAACUGCAGCAGCAGCAGCUGGAGGAGCAGAUACAGCUCCUGCAGCAGCAGCAGCAGGAGAUGCUGCACCCGGGCCGAGUCUCCAGGGAGGGCAUCCCUGAGGAGCCCAGGGAGCUGGAGCUGAGCCAGGGAAGUGCAGCAGAGCUCUCACAGAGCUCCAGCCCCUCAGCCUGCCUGAAGGACCCGGCUAAUGGGACAGUCAGCCCAGAGCCAGCUGUCCCAGGGGCUGCUGAAGAUGCAGAACCAGAUCUGGUUGUAGUUGGGAAAGUUUCUUUUAACCCCAAAGAUGUGCUGGGCCAUGGAGCUGGAGGAACCUUUGUGUUCAGGGGGCAGUUUGAGGGCCGGGACGUGGCCGUGAAGCGUCUCCUGCCGGAGUGUGUCCACCUGCUUGACCGUGAGGUCCAGCUGCUCCGGGAGUCGGACGAGCACCCCCACGUCGUCCGCUACUUCUGCACGGAGAGGGACCGGCAGUUCCACUACAUCGCCAUCGAGCUCUGCUCCGCCACGCUGCAGGAGUACGUGGAGAGCCCCAGCUUUGAGCGCCGGGGGCUGGACCCGGUGUCGGUGCUGCGUCAGACCAUGUCCGGGCUGGCCCACCUGCACUCCCUCAGCAUCGUGCACCGCGACCUGAAGCCCUGUAACAUCCUCAUCUCUGUCCCCAACCGCCACGGGCACAUCCGCGCCGUCAUCUCCGACUUCGGCCUUUGCAAGAAGCUUCAUGGGGGACGACAGAGCUUCAGCCUCCGCUCCGGGAUCCCUGGCACUGAGGGCUGGAUCGCGCCCGAGGUGCUGCAGGAGGCCCCGAAGGAGAACCCUACCAGUGCUGUGGACAUCUUCUCAGCUGGGUGCAUCUUCUACUACGUGGUGUCGGGGGGACAGCAUCCCUUUGGGGACAGCCUGCGGCGCCAGGCCAACAUCCUGGCGGGCUCCUACCAGCUGAGCUGCCUGCAGGAGGAGGCUCACGACAAACUCAUUGCAAGGGAGCUGAUUGUGGCAAUGAUCAACUCCGAGCCCCAGCGCCGGCCCUCGGCCCCUGUAGUCCUUGUGCAUCCCUUUUUCUGGAGUCAGGAGAAGCAGCUGCAGUUCUUCCAGGACGUCAGUGACCGUGUGGAGAAGGAGCCAGCUGAGGGGCGAAUCGUCUCAGCCCUGGAGUCAGGGGGACGGGCGGUGGUGAGGACCAACUGGAGGAUGCACAUCUCCCUCCCACUGCAGAUGGACCUGAGGAAGUUCCGCACCUACAAGGGAGGGUCAGUGCGUGACCUGCUGCGGGCCAUGAGGAACAAGAAGCACCACUACCACGAGCUGCCGCCCGAUGUCCGGCUGGCGCUGGGCUCUGUCCCCGAGGGCUUCGUGCAGUACUUCACCUCCCGCUUCCCCCGGCUGCUGCUGCACACGCACAGGGCCAUGCAGCUCUGUGCCCACGAGCGCAUCUUCCACGGCUACUACAGCCAGGGCCCGCAGGGCGACGGCGCCUGAGCGGCCACAGCCACGGCUGGAGGGCAGCGCGGCCACCGCUCCCACCCAGCCCUGCUCCAUGUCCUCCUGCCAGGGCCGGGCAGCAGAGACGGGCACGGGGCACCAGAGACGGGCACGGGACACCAGAGACAGGCACAGGGCACCAGAGAUGGGCACAGGGCAGCAGAGACGGGCACAGGGCACCGGAGAUGGGCACGGGGCAGCAGAGACGGGCACAGGGCACCAGACGGGCACAGGGCACCAGAGAUGGGCACAGGGCUGCAGAGAUGGGCACAGGGCAGCAGAGAUGGGCACAGGGCACCGGAGACGGGCACAGGGCAGCAGAGAUGGGCACGGGGCACCAGAGACGGGCACAGGGCACCAGAGACGGGCACAGGGCACCAGAGAUGGGCACGGGGCAGCAGAGACGGGCACAGGGCACCGGAGAUGGGCACAGGGCAGCAGAGAUGGGCACAGAGCAGCAGAGACGGGCACAGGGCACCGGAGACGGGCACAGGGCAGCAGAGAUGGGCACGGG